CUUGACCCAGAACUCCUUCCUGGUUCUUCAGCUUUCUAGAAUGAUGAAGACACUCCUGAUCUCCUGCCUCCUCUUGACCCUUCUGAAUCCAGUGGCAUCUCUGAUAUGUGAGUCUUGUUGGAACAGUGAAGGAACAGAUUGCCGCAGCGAGACUGAGGAGUGUGAUGAGUCCAGUGACCAGUCCUGCAUGUCUGUUGUUGGAUUUGGCAAAAUGCUUUACACGAUCCCAAUGGUUCUCAAGUCCUGCAUCAAGACAGAGUUGUGUGAUGCAAACUAUUCCAGUGGCUCCCUAAUGGAUUCAAUUUACAUCUACAGCAAGAUGUCCUGCUGCAAGACAGAUAUGUGCAACAGCGGACCUCCUGAAAUUCCUGAGCAUGAGAAGAGGGAGAACAAUGGGCUGCAGUGCCCAGCUUGCUUCGAAUCCCACACAGUCGUGUGCGACUACAUCAGUACCGUCAGCUGUAGAAAUGAGGAGGAUCAAUGCUUCUACUUUGGGGUUCAUUUUACUUUCGGGGGAGCUGACGUAUUGGGCGCUCUCCGAGGCUGUGCAACACCUACUUUCUGUAACCAGACUGAUUGGUUGUUUCAAUAUCUUCUUGAAAGAUUAAGUAUUGCGGUCAUUCAUGCAGAGUGCACCAAAGCAAUGGAGGACAAUGCCAAUGAGCUUGUAGCUGAGGGAAGGCAAACCUCCACAGCCCAGAAGAACCCGCCAUUUAUGGAAAUUGGCGGCCUAGUGGUUGAAGAGGGGAGGUCUCAGCCUGAGGACUCUCAGGCUUUCUUUCCAGAAGUCUAGAAGCUCCUCCUCAAAGACAGGCUGUAUUUGACUUUCAUGUGCAAAUGAAGUCAUUGAAUCAUGUCCAAAAU